GAAAACUUACCUAGUUGCCUGUUGUACUAUUCACCACCAGUAAUUCUUCAGAAAUAGAUAUACAAACGAUAAUUGAAUUCGACCUAUACAGUACGAUAGGCCACUUAAAUAUCUAUCACCUCGAUUGCAGAUACUUUGCAAAGAAUUUAACAAGUCUACCGUCCACGUACCCCACCAGUUCAUACCCAACAUGGAUGAAUUCGCGCAAUCAAGAGGAGAUGAUGAUCUUUUCGCCGACGAGUUCGAACCUGCAUCUGAGCCUACAGUCAUAGAAGAAGCACCAAUUCAAUCUGUUUCCAAACUUUCGCCAACCGCAGAAGCAUAUGUACAGAGCAAUGGCGCGCAAUCAUUACCUACUGGACCUUCAAAUAACAACCAUCAUAACAACAACAAAACACAAAGGGAGCGGGGCGCGGAUAGAAGACGAGGCGGAAGAGGUCGAGGUGGUGCGCCAAAUAAUGGUUUGAAAUCAUCGAGGUAUGCGACUCAAGAACCAGAAUCUGUCGCCAUUCAACCUCAAUCUGUCGAACCCACAACAGAACAACUCCCGGUUGCUGCGCCUUCGAUCUCCCCUCCUCUACAAUCUCCUACUGAAGCGCAACCACAAACUCAACAAAAGCCCAUACCUUCCGUUCGUGGCGACCGUUCUUUAACCGGUGGUCCGUCGCACAAGAAGUUGACCGAGGAAGAAUUGACAGCGAAGCUCGAGCGAAUGAAGAUAAUAAAUGCAGAAAAGGCAGAAUCCUUUCGAAAGAGUGAGAAGGAUAGAGAAGGUUAUGCUGCAAAGGAAAAAGAAGAGAAGCGUAAGAGAAAAGAGGAGAUUGAGAGGGGUAAAGUAAUGGAAGGCGAACGGAUGAGGAAUAGAGAGAGAAAGUUGAAGGCCAUGGGUGGUCGGGAAUGGGAUGAGGGCAAGGAUGAAAAAGAUUUCGAGGAUAAUAAGGGAAGGAGUUCACAAUAUGUUAGGGGUGGUCAUGGUGGAGUUAUUGGAGGGAGAGGUGGUUUAGCUAGUAGCAGGUUUAAUGAUACCCCAGAAGAUGAUAUGUCUUCGUACAUUUAUGAUGAGAACAGAGGUCGGGGCGGACGUGGAAGAGGAAGAGGAAGGGGUAAUGGUAGAGGUGGAAGGGGAGGUUCAACACAGCAAAUUCAAACUGUACCCGCACCAGAGGAUUUCCCCUCAUUACCGACUACCUCAGCCUCCAAAAAUACGACAUCGGGCAUCAAUUCUCCAUUGGUCGGAGCUGGCGACUGGGCUGAUGAGAUGGCUACCCCCAUUGAACAAGAGAAGAAACUCGAAGUUUGAUACCAGCGUAAUUUUGGUUGCGGAACGGCAUAUUGUGGUUAAGGGCGGUUAAAUUUGGAUCGGGAAGAAAAUCAAAGUCAGGCGUUACACAUUCGCUCGUCUUGGGAAAGACGUUGAGCCGCGAAUUUUGGUCUACUAUUUUGGAUACCAUAACAGCAAGCGCAAUGAAUUUUUACCAAUUUCGAAACGAAACUACAGAUUUAAUUGAUAUGAUGCUUGGCUGAUGAAUAAACCGGUCAUCACUUCGAAUGAAGUAAUUUAAACAUGACA